UCCCCCGGGACCCCUUCUGGCUGCGCAGCGUGCGCGCCCGGGUUUCCUACACGUGGGAGCCCAAGACGCCUCCUGCAAUGCCGCGGGCGCCCCGGUGCCGCGCCGUGCGCGCUCUGCUGCGGGGCCACUACCGGGAGGUGCUGCCGCUGGACACCUUCGUGCGGCGCUUGGGUCCCCAGGGCCGGUGCCUGGUGCAGCCCGGGGACCCGAUGGCCUUUCGCGCCCUGGUGGCCCAGUGCCUGGUGUGUGUGCCUUGGGACGCACAGCCACCCCCCGUCGCCCCGGACUUUCGCCAGGUGGGCUUCCCGGGGACCCUGGUCGGGCCUGCGGGGUGGGGUGAGGGCCGGACGCUGUCGCCCUAAUGCUCCCGGGCACCUCCGUGCCCUGCGACUCGAGCGAGACCCCUCUCCCGCAGGUGUCCUGCCUGAAGGAGCUGGUGGCCAGGGUCGUGCAGCGGCUCUGCGAGCGCGGCGCGAGGAACGUGCUGGCCUUCGGCUUCGCGCUGCUGGACGGGGCCCGCGGCGGCCCGCCCAUGGCCUUCACGACCAACGUGCGCAGCUACCUGCCCAACACUGUGACUGAGACGCUGCGCGGCAGUGGUGCCUGGGGACUGCUGCUGCGCCGCGUGGGUGACGACGUGCUCACCCACCUGCUGGCACGCUGCGCGCUUUACCUGCUAGUGCCUCCCAACUGUGCCUACCAGGUGUGCGGGCCACCACUCUACGACCUCUGCACCACAAGACACGCGGGCGGGAGCCUGACGGGCCUGGGACCCACGCGCCAGGCCUGGAAUGGCGGCGGUGGGGAGGCCGGGGUGCCCCCGGGCUGCCGAACAAGGCGACGGCGGAGCAGCGCAGGGGGAAGUCCGCCUCAGGCCAAGAGGCCCAGGCAUGGCCCCAUCUCAGAGCCAUCCCGGGGGCCAAGUGCCUGCGACCCCCGCGUGGUGACACCUACCAAAGCCGCCGCGGAAGCCUCGCCUGGGGAGGGCGAGCCGCGCAGGCCCCGGCGCCCCUUACCACUGCUGGGCCGCGAGCGGGAGGCCGGCUGCCCUUCCUCUCAGCCCUCACGUCCCCGGGCCGCUCCUGGUCCCCGAGUGGUCGCUGAGACCAAGCAGUUUCUCUACUGCUCGGGUGGCAGGGAACGGCUGCGCUCCUCCUUCCUGCUCAACUCCCUGCAGCCCAGCCUGACGGGGGCCCGGAGACUAGUGGAAACCAUCUUUCUGGACUCGAAGCCCCUGCAGCGGGGGACUCCCCGCAGGACGCGCCGCCUUCCCACGCGCUACUGGCGGAUGAGGCCCUUGUUCCAGGAGCUGCUGGGGAACCAUGCGCGGUGCCCCUACGGCGCGCUGCUCAGGGAGCACUGCCCGCUGCGGGACUCAGCCACUCCGGCCACCCCAGCAGCGGCGGAGGAGGCGGCGGCUGUGGGGUCCCGCAACCAGGGGUGCAGUGGAGUGGGCGUCAGCGCCCCGGAGGAGGUCACUGGCCCGCCGCGCUUGGUCCAGCUGCUCCGCCAGCACAGCAGCCCUAAGCACGUGUACGGGCUGCUGCGGGCCUGUCUUCGCAGGCUGGUGCCCGCUCGCCUCUGGGGCUCCAGGCACAACGAGUGCCGCUUCUUGAAGAACGUGAAGAAGUUCAUCUCUCUGGGGAAGUUCGCCAAGCUCUUGAGUCAGGAGCUGACCUGGAAGAUGAAAGUGCAGGACUGCGCCUGGCUGAGCCAAAGCCCAGGGGGUCGCUAUGUCCCAGCCACGGAACACCGUCUGAGAGAAGCGGUCCUGGCCAAGUUCCUGUGCUGGUUGAUGGGCACAUACGUGGUUGAGCUGCUGAAGUCGUUUUUUUAUGUCACGGAGACCACGUUUCAGAAGAACCAGCUCUUCUUUUUCCGGAAGAGCAUCUGGAGCCAUUUGCAAAGCAUUGGGAUCAGACAACACUUCGAUCGGGUGCAGCUUCGUGAACUGUCGGUGGCCGAGGUCAAGCGAUACCAGGAAGCCAGGCCUGCUCUGCUGAUGUCCAGACUCCGCUUCCUCCCCAAGCCCAGCGGGCUGCGGCCAAUCGUGAACAUGGACUACGUCGUGGGAGCCAGAACGUUCCAUGGGGACAAGAAGGUGCAGCAUCUCACCUCCAAAGUGAAGACGCUGUUCAGCGUGCUGAACUAUGAGCGAGAGCAGCGCCCUGGCCUCCUGGGCGCCUCUGUGCUGGGCAUGGACGACAUCUAUAGGGCCUGGCGUGCCUUUGUGCUGCGCAUGCGGGCCCAGGACCCAGUGCCUCAGCUCUACUUUGUCAAGGUGGACGUGAUGGGUGCGUACGAUGCCCUCCCUCAGAACAGGCUGGUGGAGGUGAUCGCCAACGUGAUCCAGCCCCAAGAGCACACAUACUGCCUGCGCCAGUACGCCAUGGUCCAGAGAACUGCCCGCGGCCGCGUCCGGAAGUCCUUCAAAAGACACGUGUCCACCUUCACGGACCUCCAGCCUUACAUGAAACAGUUUGUGCAGCAGCUGCAGAAGACGAGCUCGCUGAGGGACGCCGUGGUCAUCGAGCAGAGCUGCUCCCUGAAUGAGGCCAGCAGCGACCUGUUCGAUGUCUUCCUGCACCUGGUGUACAAUCACAUCGUAAGGAUCGGGGGCAAGUUUUACAUCCAGUGUCAGGGGAUCCCCCAGGGCUCCAUCCUGUCCACCUUGCUGUGCAGCCUGUGCUACGGAGACAUGGAGAGCAGGGUGUUCCCUGGACUCCAGCAGGACGGGGUGCUCCUGCGUUUAGUGGACGACUUCUUGCUGGUCACCCCUCACCUGACACAAGCGAAGGCCUUUCUCAGGACCCUGUCCAGGGGAGUGCCCGAAUACGGCUGCAAGGCGAACUUGCGGAAGACAGUAGUGAACUUCCCCCUGGAAGACGAUGCCCUGGGCAGCACGGCACCCCUGCAGCUGCCAGCCCACUGCCUGUUCCCCUGGUGUGGCUUGCUGCUGGACACGCAGACCCUGGAGGUGUUCUGUGACUACUCCAGUUAUGCCCAGACCUCGAUCAGAGCCAGUCUCGCCUUCAGCCAGGGCUCCAAGCCUGGGAGGAGCAUGCGUCGAAAGCUCUUUGCGGUGUUAAGGCUGAAAUGUCACAGUCUGCUUCUGGAUCUGCAGGUGAAUGGUCUUCAGACGGUUUGCACAAACGUUUACAAGAUAUUCCUGCUGCAGGCCUACAGGUUCCACGCCUGUGUGCUCCAGCUCCCGUUUAAUCAGCACGUUCGGAAGAACCCCUCGUUUUUCCUCCACGUCAUCUCUGACACCGUGUCACGCUGCCACACCCUUCUGAAAGCCAAGAAUCCAGGGAUGCCUCUGGGGACCAAGGGCGCUGCAGGCCCUUUUCCUUCUGAAGCCGCAAGGUGGCUGUGCUUUCACGCCUUCCUGCUGAAGCUGUCUCGCCACAGCGCCACCUACAGGUGUCUCCUGGGAGCACUCCAGACUGCCCAAGCGCAGCUGUGCCGGCAGCUCCCGAGGGCGACGCUGGCCACCCUGGAAGCUGCAGCUGACCCAGCCCUGACCACAGACUUCAGGACCAUCUUGGACUGAUGUCCAGUCAGCUUCUCACAGGCCCUCAAGCUCAUUCCCAGCUGGGUCCACCUGUGCCCGAGACCCCGACCUGUGCUGCUGGCUGGGCUGCUCCCUGGAGGGGGUUGCCCCCAAGUCAUCGAGGAAGCAGAGCCCACCCAGCCCCACCCCCACCACCCCUUUCUAGUGACAGGUUUGUCCUUCAUCUGCCCACUGCCAGGAGGAGGCAGGUACGAGAGCCUGGUUGGGGCGUUGGCAUCUGGAAGGGAAGCAUCAGGGACCUUUGUCAACCUCCUUGCUGCGGGGUCACCCUGGUCUGCAGUGAUGGCUCACGUGUGGUGGGUGUGUGUGACCUCCUUCCUGCUGAUCGGCUGUGACUCAAGCCCUCCACACCCACUGGAGCAGCAUUCCCCCAGCUGGCCCCCCAGCUGCAUCCAAAGUCCAUGUCUCGACGAACUUGCCCAGAAGCAAAGGGCCCAGUCAGCUGUUUGAGCCCGUUCCCCACCAUCCACACCCAUGCUUCUGACCUGCGUGUCCCCAUGCCCUGCCCAGGCCUCCUGGAGCCAAGCAUACAGCACCCCCCCACCCGCUUGCCACUUCCACUUCCAGAGUCUUCUGCUGGCCCCACUCAGCACACAGCCCCGUGUGGCCCCUCCUGCACUACCUCCUGCCCCCACCCCAGGGAUGGGGUGAGA